AUGGAACCCAAUGGAGAUCCCCCAAUGGAACCCGAUGGAGAUGCCCCCAUGGGAACCCAACAGAGACGCCCAAUUGGAACCCAAUGGAGAUCCCCCGAUGGAACCCAAUGGAGAUGCCCCUGCGGGAACCCAAUGAAGAUGCCCCGAUGGAACCCAAUGGAGAUGCCCCGAGGGAACCCAAUGGAGAUGCCCCGAGGGAACCCAAUGGAGAUGCCCCGAGGGAACCCAAUGGAGAUGCCCCGAGGGAACCCAAUGGAGAUGCCCCGAGGGAACCCAAUGGAGAUGCCCCGAGGGAACCCAAUGGAGAUGCCCCGAGGGAACCCAAUGGAGAUGCCCCGAGGGAACCCAAUGGAGAUGCCCCGAGGGAACCCAAUGGAGAUGCCCCGAUGGAACCCAAUGGAGAUGUCCCGAUGGGAACCCAAUGGAGAUGUCCCGAUGGAACCUGAUAGAGAUCCCCCGAUGGAACCCAAUGGAGACGCCCCCAUGAGAACCCAAUGGAGAUGUCCCGAUGGAACCCGAUGGAGAUGCCCCGAUGGGAUCCCAAUGGAGAUGCCCCCAUGGGAACUCAAUGGAGACGCCCCUGGAGGAUCUCAUCAGAGACGCCCCCAUGGGAACCCAAUGGAGAUCCCCCGAUGGAACCCGAUGGAGAUGCCCCCACGGGAACCCAAUGGAGGUCUCAACGGGACCCCAAAGGAGAUCCCAAUGGGGACUCUUCAGUGGGACUCUAAGUGGACCCCAAAGGGAGACCCCAAGGAGGCGGCAAUGGAGACCCAACGGGAAUACCCCAACCGGAACCCAAGGGGACCCCAAAGGGAGACCCCAAAGGGGACACCCCAACAGGAAUUCAAGGAGACCCCAAAGGGAGACCCCAAGGAGAUG